AUGGGACCAGGUGAUGCCCGCCCUACCGCCCUCCAGAUCAUCCAAGACGAGGGUGUCGAGGGCAAGCUUCAGGGUCAGGUCGUUGUUAUUACUGGAACUUCUUCCGGCAUUGGUAUCGAAACUGCUCGCGCCCUUGCUGCUACUGGUGCCACUCUCUACCUUACAGCCCGAGACCUCAACAAGGCCAAAUCUGCUCUUGAGGGUAUUUUCGACCCGUCUCGGAUGGAGCUUUUUGAGAUGGAUCAGGCAUCCCUAUCGUCUGUGCGUGCUGCCGCCACUGCCAUUCUUGGCAAGACCUCCAAGAUCCACUGUCUGAUCAACAAUGCCGGUAUCAUGGCUAUCCCCGAUCUCCGCCAUACUAUUGAUGGCCAUGAGCUCCAAUUUGGCACAAACCACCUCUCGCACUUCCUCCUUUUUGAGCUGCUCAAACCCGCCCUACUCGCCAACGCCUCCCCUACUCUUCCCUCUCGUGUUGUCAACUUGUCGUCCUCAAGUCAUAACAUCCAUGGCAUCAACGAAGGCAGUGACUACGCCUUCAAGAGUAUCAAAUACGACCCAAACACUGCCUAUGGCCAAUCCAAGACAGCAAAUAUCUACAUGGCCAACGAGAUUGAACGCCGCUAUGGUGCCUCCCACCUACACGCAACCAGUGUCCACCCAGGCCUAAUCCAAACAUCAUUGACCAGGCAUAUGCCCCCUGAUGCAUUUGAAGGAAUGGAUCACCUGUGGCCAUUGAUGAAGAGUCCCGAGCAAGGUGCUGCAACCUCUGUGUGGGCAGCAGUUGGUAAGGACUGGGAGCAAGAGGGUGGUAAAUACCUUGUCGACUGUGCUGUGGCCGAGCCAAGCACAGGUGGGGAGGACAAGAUGAUCACACCGACUUAUGCUGCUUAUGCGUACGAUGCCGAGAAGGAAGGAAAGUUGUGGAAGGAUUCGCUGAAGCUUGUGGGAUUAGAUGAUGAGUAA